AUGACCAGGAGCAGGUGCUUUCCGAGUCUGGCAAGCCAGGUGCGGUGGGCGCAGGAAAGCGGGGUGUGCACGCCGGAUGGGACGCAGAUCUUCGGGUUCCUGAGGGGGACGGGCGGCGGGGCGGCCGGAAAGCGGGCGCGGCAGGAGAGCGGCGGGGCGGACGGGCGCGCGGACGGGCAAGGGGGCGGCGCACGUGCGGGCGGUGGGGCCGAGGAGGCCAGGGCAGCGCGCGGGAGCGCGGCGCAGACGGGCGCAGGCUGGGCGGCGUGCAGCGUGCACUCAUCGCCGGAGCGGGCGGCAGGGGCGGGCGGGCCGCGCGGGGGCGAGGGGCAGGCGGAGCAGGCGUAUGCGCUGGUGCGGCUGCUGAAGCGCCAGUGCGCGCUGCUGCAGCGCAAGUGCGCGCUGCUGGAGGGCGCGGAGGGCGCGCAGCGCGCGCGUCCCCCGCAGCUGCAGCGCGUGCAGGCGGCUCUUGACACGGUUGCAGACGAGGUGCGGCGUGCGGAGGCGCCGCUGAACCGUAUGGAGAGCUCGCUGGGGUCGAGUGUGGCGGCUGUGGGGCUGCCGUUUGCGGCGCGGAGCGAGCCCGCGGGGGGGACGCGGGCGGUGCGGCCGGCACAGGUGGUUGCCAUUGAGACGGACGAUGAAUCUGACGGAGAAGAGCAGCCCCGGGCGAUAGCGCAGCGGCGCGUGCAGCGGCGACUCCGUCUGCGACAGCAGGAGGUCAGUUACAGGGUUCCGGCGCUGGACGAGGACGUGGGGUUCCGCACCAGGGCAGGGGCCCUGCGCGGCGCGACUGACGACAGCGACGCGACUGCGGAGGCUGAAACCGAGGAUUCGCACUUUCUCAGUACCAUGGACGAGGACGUGGACGACGAAAUACAUGCAAGUGACCGCGAGUUUAUUGCAGAUGGCCUGGAAAAUUACCUGCAAGAUGGCAAUUCCGGGGACGAAGACUAUGUCUUUAAUUCCGCUGCUGAAACGACGCACGACGGUCCCUAUUCGAACACACAGUCACAGGCGCUCACAUGUUCCCAGCUCUGUUCCCAGAAAACUGAUUAUGCUGCGCAUCAGGGUAGCGCGCAGAAACUGCCGCGGGAUGAUCAUGUACAUACUGAACGUACAGCGCAGGAAAUAGUAAUUAAUUCUUCAUUUCAGAGGGAGCCUUCCGAGGAUCUUUUGCAGGAGGAUAGUAUCCCCGAGAUUAAUCUGCUAGACCAAGACGAAGACGAGGAUCUAUUUGCCGACCCCAUAUUGCAUAGCAUCCAGCCCACCAGCCCUCAAGCUGAACUGGAGGAGGAAAUUGAGCCAAUAGUAGGCGACUUAUCAGACAGCGACCUGGAGGCUUUUAACCACGAGCGGGAAUUCCAGACACCAGUAAACGACAUCAAGGAAUUAGAUGAUGAUCUCAAAAUUAUCUCCGAGAAGACCCUGGACUCGACAGUGGACCUUGGAAAUACCGUGUCCACAUCCACACAAUCGGCUCUCCCCACAUUGAAGACUGAGGGGUUUCUUAAUGCUAACCAGGACUUCCUAGAAGACGACGAUUUUUCGAUUAUCGAAAUUCAAGAAUUGCCUACACCUCAUGCAGGUGGGCCAGAGGCUCUACAGGACACUUCUGAACCGCAUGCUCUCACGCAUCCGUGGUCAGCUGAGCUAUACCAUAAAUUGCAUAAUGUGUUCAAACUGCCGGGUUUUAGGCCAAACCAGCUGGAAGCAGUGAACGCAACCCUACAAGGAAAAGACGUAUUUGUUCUGAUGCCAACCGGUGGUGGUAAGUCAUUGUGCUACCAAUUACCGGCAAUUGUCAAAGCAGGAUGUACUCAUGGGACGACGAUAGUAAUUUCUCCCUUGAUAUCGCUCAUGCAUGAUCAGGUGGAACAUCUGCUCGCCAAAAAUAUCAAAGCCAGUAUGUUCAGCUCGAAGGGCACCGCUGAACAAAGGCGGCAGACUUUUAAUCUUUUUAUCAACGGCCUAUUGGACUUAGUUUACAUCUCGCCAGAGAUGGUAAGUGCUUCCGUUCAAUGUAGGAACGCGAUCCAAAAGCUUUAUCGAGACAAAAAGUUGGCCCGGAUCGUUGUGGAUGAAGCGCACUGUGUUUCCAAUUGGGGACAUGACUUUAGACCGGAUUACAAGGAGUUAAAGUUUUUUAAAGUGGAAUACCCCGAUAUUCCAAUGCUGGCGCUCACGGCAACCGCCAGCGAGCAGGUUCGGAUGGAUAUCAUCCAUAAUCUGCAUUUGAAGGAACCUGUAUUCCUGAAACAGAGCUUUAAUCGAAGCAAUUUAUAUUAUGAAGUAUUGCGCAAAGAUAAAAAUUCUCUCAAGGAUAUAUCCCAUUCAAUAAAGACCAGGUUCAAGGGACAAACUGGGAUAAUUUACUGUCACUCUAAAAAUUCCUGCGAACAAACAGCAGCAAUAGUACAGGACAGCGGUGUUCGCUGCGCAUAUUACCACGCUGGUAUGGAGCCUGAUGAACGGCUAGCAAUCCAGCAGCAGUGGCAGUCUGACAAAAUUCAGGUCAUCUGUGCUACAGUUGCAUUCGGCAUGGGUAUAGAUAAACCUGAUGUACGUUUUGUCUAUCACUACACUGUGCCACGUACGUUGGAAGGAUACUACCAGGAAACUGGUCGCGCCGGAAGAGAUGGGAAGUAUUCUUAUUGUAUCAUGUAUUAUUCUUUCAGAGAUGUGCGUAAUAUACAGUCCAUGAUCCAGAAGGAUAAGAAUCUUGAUAGGGAGAAUAAGGAAAAACACCUGACUAAAUUGCAGCAGGUAAUGCAGUACUGUGAAAAUACUACAGACUGCAGGAGACAAUUGGUUCUAUCGUACUUCAAUGAGCAAUUCUCUUCCCAAGAAUGCUCUAAAAACUGCGAUAAUUGUCAAAACGGAAGUAACGUAGAAUACGAAGAACGCGAUGUUACCGAUGAGGCGCUACAAAUAACGAAGUUGGUCCAAUCAGUGGAGGGUGACAAAGUAACACUUAUCCACUGUCAGGAUAUCUAUAAGGGCUCCAAAAAUGCUAAAGUUAUCCAGAUGUGUCAUGACCAGUCGCAUUACCAUGGCCUCGGUAAAAGGAUGACAAAGUCGGAUAUCGAACGCAUAUUCUUCCAUUUGAUAACAUCUCAAAUUUUGCAGGAAUACUCUGUAUUGAAUGGUCGGGGAUUCGCCUCUAAUUAUGUUAAACUCGGUCCCAGGGCCAAUCAACUACUGAGGGGCAAUAUGAAGGUUAAAAUGCAGUUUGCAAUUAACCAUUUAAUCUCCAGGCCUUUGAGUGCUAGUGGGGAACCAAAUUUAGUUACUGCGCCGUCUGCCAACGUGCCUGCGACCUCCAAAGCAAAUGAUGAAGCACAUGCCAUGUUGUCGGCAAUUGGUAACUAUAGGUACCAAGAUACACCGUAUACUACCUCGGGCAAGACUAGUAAGGCGGACUGCGCUAUGCAAAAUUUCUCCAGUCACCCUGCAGACACACAGAGACAUAUUAGCGCAUCUUAUACUAAGCUGCAUAAUAUUGUUACACGAAAGACGAAGGACUACGGCUACGAUAGUUCCGAUUCAUUUAUUCCUCCAGAUGUACUUAAACAAAUGGCACUAUUACUUCCGCAAACACAAUGGGACUUUGACCAAAUGAGUCCCAAUAUGCAACUGGGGUCCAAAUUUAAAUAUUUUAAAAAUGCAUUAGUCAGGUUAAAACGAGAAAGGGCAUCCAUUGCCUCUUCAAGUGGACACCAAAGACCUAAAGAAAACAAUAAUACACAAACCUCUUCAUUUGAGGGUCCCAGAUCCGAAUUCUUCGCCGCAAGCCGUGACCAAGAAACUGCGGAUCAACAAAUUUUAUCUCAACUCCGACAAACGAUGGCAGUAUCUCCAAAUAAACGAGCAUCACAAACACCAGCAAAGAGGUCUAAACCGUAUAGGCCUCCAAAGCGCGGGAAGUACAGGAAAAGCUCAAAAAGCGGAGGUCGCCGGCCAAUACGAUGA